AUGGCGAACGCAAUCCCAAAGCCUGUUAAAGACAUAUGGGACGUAUGGAGCAUUCGAAGUACCUUAAUCUUCAGUCUUACACUUCAAACAUUCCUCAUUCUCUUUGCACCUCAAAGAAAACGAACAUCCAACAAGUUCUUCCUCUCUCUCAUCUUGUCAGCUUACCUUCUCGCCGAUUGGUCAGCCAAUUUCGCCGCCGGACAAAUCUCAGAUAGCCAAGGAGACGAUCCACACUACAAGAAAACAGUUCGUUUGUGA